GGUCCAAAACAAUUACAAACCUGAAACCCUUUGGUUGUUUUUCCCUCCCGACUCCUCCGUUGCCGUUCACCUCCUCGACCUACAAACUCUUCUCUACGCGCAACUCUUCUGAUCACCGUCAUCACACACAAUCAUCACCAUACCAUCCACUUUUCAUCCCUUUUUCCUUUUUCUUCUUUUCAGGAAGAGAGUAAAUUGCAAGCGAAAGAGGGAGUUUCUUUUGCUGAUGUCCUAAAACUGAUUUUGUGUCUCAUCACUAGAUCCCUAAAAAAAUUCGGUCGAAUCGCAUCGUUUUUCGGUCGAAUUUUCAUCUGGGUAUCCAUUCACUUUGCAAAUUGUUGAUGAAUUUUGGUGGGUUUUGAUGGUGACCGCGGGUUCGAAUAAUCAAGACGAUGUUGGGGAGAAAAACCCAUCAUCAGUUGUUUCCAAAGCAGGAGGUGGGGCGACGCGGUCCUGCGGCACCACUGGUUCGGGUCAAUCCGUUUCGACAAGUGGCAGUGUCGGGUCUCUUUCGACCCGGAGUGAAUUGCCCAUGGUGGGUACCCCUGUUAGUGAGAGCACAUUUUUGAGGCUGAAUCAUCUUGAUAUUCAUACUGAUAAUGCUGGAUCUCAAGGGGCUGCUGGUAAUAAAAAGAAGAAAAGAGGACAACGUGCAACCGGAGGGGAUAAAGGUGGUAGAGGACUCCGCCAGUUUAGCAUGAAAGUGUGCGAGAAAGUGGAAAGCAAGGGAAGAACCACUUAUAACGAGGUUGCAGAUGAACUUGUAGCUGAAUUUGCAGAUCCUGGCGAAGGUGGUCAAACUCCCGACCAGCAACAAUACGAUGAAAAGAAUAUUCGUCGAAGGGUAUAUGAUGCGCUAAAUGUUCUCAUGGCUAUGGAUAUUAUAUCUAAAGACAAAAAGGAAAUACAGUGGAAGGGUCUUCCUCGGACUAGCUUGAACGAUAUCGAAGAGAUUAAGAGGGAUCGUCUUGCUAUAAGGAGUAGAAUCGAGAAGAAAGCUGCGUAUUUGAAAGAACUACAGGAUCAAUAUGUAGGCCUUCAAAAUCUGAUACAACGGAAUGAACAGUUGUACAGUUCCGGAAAUGCUCCAAGUGGCGGAGUGGCUUUGCCUUUUAUACUCGUGCAGACUCGACCUCAUGCGACCGUGGAAGUGGAAAUUUCAGAAGAUAUGCAACUGGUUCAUUUCGACUUCAACAGUACCCCAUUUGAGCUACAUGAUGAUAACUAUGUUCUCAAGGCAAUGAACCUCUCAAAACGUGAUGACGUGGCAAACAACGUUUCAGCGGAUGGCGGUGAAGGGUCGAGCAUAUCUUCCAUGUUUCGGCCCCCCUUGCCAUCUGGCAAGCCGUCGGUUCCUGGUAUACUCAAGACUCGUGUGAAACAUGAGCAUUAGAUCAUCUGUGUAUCGUGUUAAGUUAUUCGACGAAUUUGAUGCUUCAUAUACCGGUGAUUAUACUUGUUAUAUCGUAAAUGUUGAGGAUUGAGAUGAUAGUAACUUUAUUUUUUGUGGGAUCAUAAAAACUAGUUGGUUUUUGUUGUAGAAUGAUAUGAUUAAUAAUUAAUGAUGCUAUGAAUGAUACAGGUGAAA